AUGAGUACCACAACCAGCAAUGAUGAUUCUACUGCUAAUGCAGGAACUCCAUCAACACAUGAAAUUCCUGCUACAACACCAUCCCUUCCGUCAGUUUCUAGAGAAGAUCUUAUUGCCAGUGCAGUCAAAUUCCUACGAGACCCAAAAGUUCAAUCGGCUCCAUUAGCCAAACGGAUUGCCUUUCUUGAGACCAAAGGCUUGACUUCAGGAGAGAUUGAAACUGCUCUUUUUAGAGCUACAUCGACUACUGCUGGUGCGAAUGGUCCCAGUCUUCCUCCAAAGGAUUUGGCUGUUCAGAGUGCUGAUGGACACUCUUCCAACAAUGACUAUUACGCACAGGUUGUUCAGCAGCAACAAAUGAUGCUGCUUCAACAGCAACACCAAAUGGGAUUGCAGCGGUUGCAGCAGCAAUGGACCUGGAAGGACUAUGCGCUUGGAGGGAUUGGUGUUGCUGGAUUGGUCUAUGGAGUAUUUCUUCUCUCCGAGAAAUAUAUCAAACCUCUGAUAAACUUUCCUACAGCAUCAUCGAUCAAAACCGAUACGGACAAGAUUGAAGCUCAGCUUGAGACUACAUCCAAGUCCGUAGAUCUGGUUCGGGUUCAAACAUUGGAUGUAAUCAAAGCUAUUGAAUCCAAUGCAGAUGAUCUACAAAAAAGCUUGGUUGGCAUGGCCGAGGUGAUCAAGGGUUUAGAAGAAGCAGACGAGAAGCGUGGUAGUCAGAUUGAGCAGAUUGAUCAAGAGAUUGGCACUUUAAAAGCCAUGAUUUUCAAGAUGACGGAGAGAACCAAAGACCAGCAAGAUGAAAUGCUGACAGAUUUGCAAAACGAACUCAAAAGCCUCAAGAGCUUAUUGCUUAAUCGUCGUAUUGCAUCUAAUUCUGGGGGUUCUACUCAAAUAAACGGAUCAGGAGUAGAAUUAGCAGGCACUGGUUCAGGUGGUUUAGUCGGGCAAGUUACUGCUCAAUGUAUUCAGGAAGGCUCAAUGGCUGCUAUCGAAACUAUUCCCGAUGUUACAAACGAAUCUGGAUUUGUUAAAAAUUUACUAUCAAGUAAUACCAAACCUGCAAUUCCUGCUUGGCAGAUUGAAGCUGCUCGUGCUGCCAAAGAAAAGCGAUCCGUUGCCUCCAAUUCAUUAGGCAACUCUGGUUCAUCUGCUAGUGUAGAUGCAUAA